AUGCUCAGAUUGGUGAGCAGACUGAGGUUCUGCGUAGCACAACGAAAUUUCUUCGUUGUACCUCCCUUGUAUCCAGAAAAGGAGGACUUGGCUUAUAGACCUAAGAUUACUUCCUAUGAUGAUUCUCAAAAGCAAUUGCAUGCAGUCUAUAAGAAGAAAUUGGCAAAAAUUAAAAGCAGAGUGACACAACGUGUGAGAGAAAUGCAGCCUAAAGAGGAAGAUAAAUAGGAAUCGUAUUAAAAAAAUGGCUAAGAUUUAAUAUAAAAUGUAUUGAAACAUGUCUACAUUGAUGAAGAGACCAAUUGUCCUUUAGGAUUAUUUUUCGAUGAUUUUGUUUAUGAUAUCAAGCUGAAGAGAGGACAACAAUAUGAGGCAGAAUACAAUCGCAAAGUAUAAGGAUUGUUAUCUUAAAUGAGAGUAAUGUCAGAAACUGAACUUCUAAGAACUUCUCAAGAUUUGUUGGUUAAAAGUGAAGCACCAGAAUAUAUUGCUAAAGCAAGAAAAGUUGUUUUCGAUAGAUUUUUAGAAGGAAUAAAAAAAUUGCCAGAGGAGGAAAGAAAGAAAAUUUUAGGUGAUGAUGCUUAAGAUUUUGAUAAGAAAAUUAACGAUGAAGCAAUUCUAAAUAAAUACGUAGAUACUAAUUCUGUGAAAGCAGUAGCUGAAGAGAUGGCAAGAGAAAAUUUGUAAAAGGAUUUAGAAGAUUUUUAAAUUUAUGACCCUAAAUAUAAUGAUAAAAAUCAAUAACUCACGUUUGGAAAAGCAUAUCUAAAAGAUCUUGAUUUCUAUGAAUCUGGAUGCACUGUUGAAGAAAUAUCAGAUGAUGAGCGAUUAUUAAAAAUGAGAUAUAUCAGACCCUCUGAUGGUCAAGAGGCUUUAUAAACUGAAUAGUCAAUUAUAGAUAAGGUUAAUUUAAAUUUUGUUAAACGAGCAUAUUUGAAAAGAUUAGCCAAUAAAUAAUAAGAUCCUAAAGAAUCAAAAAAGUAAAUAAAUGCUAAAGAUCAAUAAAAUUGGGAAUUCAAAUAAAUACAUAAAUACCUCAAGAAUCUAGAUACUUAAUCUUUGUAACUUCAAAUGAAAGCCAAGAAAAUUAAUUAAAGAAUCGUAGAUCCUGUCAAAUUAUAGGAUAUUGUUGACAAUAUUGACUUUUUGUUAUUAGGUGCACCUAAAUUCAUAAAGGAUUUGUAUAAUGAUCCAAAAAAUAAGAUUAAGGGGUACGAAUCUGUGUUUUAAGAUGUCGAGAAGAAUAAAGGACAAAGUCUGUUUUGGAAAGAUUUUGGGUCUUCAUUUUAGACUAUCUUCCCUAAAGUCAAGCUCAACAAAUAGCAAGAUACCUUUGUGGACAUCAAGAAACAACCCUAUAAUAGACAUGUUAAGGAAUUCUUUGAGGAGAAGGUAGAUGAAGUGAAAAAAGAUGAGUAUCAAUUUUCAGUUGAAUUAUACAAAGAAUUCCAACAGCCAAGCAAUUUGGAAUUCUUCCACCAUUAUUUAACAAAUAUAUUCAAAUUAAAUAGAGAAUAAAUUAAUGAUGGAUUGUAAGCUUUUAGUGACAACAUAAAUCCAUAUACUUAUGAAGUACCAAGCACAGCUAUGAUGGCUGAUGAUGUAGAUCCAGAUUUUGAGGAUGUAGUUGAAGAAGAAGUUAAGAUUGAGGAUUUCAAGGAGAAGAGUGCAAUCUAAAUUGAUUAAUUAAUAGAAAAAGAUUAUAGUGAAUCUUCUCUACUUUAUUAUGUGGGAAGAGGAAGAAGAAAGUCAUCAAUUUGUUAUGUGUAACUCAAGAAAGGAGUAGGAGAAGUGACUGUAAAUGGUAAGAACUUAAUCAAUUACUUUACUCAUCCAAUAUACAGAAGAACAGCCUUGAGAGUAUUAGAAUUGGCUCAUCUUUCAUGUUUAGUGGAUGUGAAUGUUGUAAUCAGAGGAGGUAGUUAGUCAGCAUAAUCUCAAUGUAUCUGCUCAGCUUUGAGUAGAGCCAUUGUUAAAAUGUGUCCAAGUAUCAAGAAAAUAUUCAGAAAGUUACUGUUAACCAGAACUGAUAGUAGAUAAGUGGAAAGAAAGAAGCUUGGUUUGUAUAAAGCCAGAAAGAAGUAUCCUUAUAGCAGAAGAUGAGAUGUUAUAUUUUUAUCUAUAUAAUUGUAUAUUAACAUUCAAAUAU